AUGGACCAAUGUCUAAUAAAUUAUUCAUUGACUUUAUUCAUUAUAUAUUGGUAGUUUGUAGAAGCGCGUCCAAACCAAAAAUUGAUAUCAUUAUCAACCAUUUCAGUAGAUUUUCACUGAGAAAUGGAAAGCUUCAAUUUGAGAAAGACGCUGUUCUUCCUCUCCUUCUUUCUCGCAAAGUUGGUGUUUCCCACAAUUUCUCAGCCACCCUUUUUUGACAAAGCUUGCUCCGACAAAGGCAAUUACACCACCAACAGCCCUUUCAAGAAAAAUCUCGACGCCGUACUUUUCUCCCUCUCUUCCAACAAUCACUUUGAUUCCGGUUUCUACAAUGCCUCCUCUGGAGAAAAUCCCGACAGAGCCACCGCUAUGGCCCUUUGUCGUGGAAAUGUUGCCUUUGAAAAGUGCAGGAGUUGCGUGAAUGAUUCAGCUCACAGGAUUAUACAAGAAUGUCCGAACCAGAAGGAAGCUGUGGGAUGGUACCAAGAUUGCCAAAUUCGCUACUCAAACAACUCUAUUUUCGGUGUCAGGGACAGCUCUGUGAUGCGAGCAUAUAUGAACCUUCAAAAAUCUCCAGACCCAAUUGGUUUCAGUCAGACACUGAGGAGCUUGUUGGAUGGACUACGAAACGAAGCCGCCUCAGGGACUUCUACUCGAAAAUCUGCGGCCGGUCAAUUGGCCGUACCUAGUCCCAGUGUGGACACGAUAUACGCUCUUGUUGAUUGUUUUCCUGAUUUGUCAUCGUUGGAUUGUAAUGGUUGUCUCAGUCAGCUUCAAAGCUAUAUUCCCGCUUGUUGUAAUGCUAGCAUAGGGGCGAGAAUAACUGCAACUAGUUGCCAAUUGAAUUAUGAGAUCCAGCCUUUCUUUGAAUUGUCUCCGCCUCCACCACCAUCACAGCCUCCGUCCGUGGCGGCACAGCCUCCACCAUCAGCUGUUAAAGCCCCCUCCCCAACUUCACCUUCAAACGAGGGAAGUAAUGGCAAAACAGCUAGAACGGUUAUAAUUGUUGUGGUCUCCGUCGUUUCAGCCAGCAUUCUCAUUGUUGGCAUUUGCAUUAUUUUGAGACUGAGGAAGCGAAAGCACAAAACAACACUACAAAAGUCUGAGAGUGUUGCUCAUGGAGAUGCUACUAGUGAAAUUAGUACUGCGGUGACGAUUCAAUUUGAUUUUGACACCAUUAAAAUUGCAACAAAUGACUUCUCAGAUGAAAAUAAGCUAGGUCAGGGUGGAUUUGGAGCGGUUUACAUGGGUAAGCUACUUAAUGGACAACAUAUUGCAGUGAAGAGGCUUGCACAUAAUUCACAACAAGGAGAUGUUGAAUUCAAAAAUGAAGUUCUUUUGGUGGUCAAACUUCAACAUCGAAACUUGGUUAGGCUACUGGGAUUUUGCUUGCAAGGACGUGAAAGACUUCUCAUAUAUGAAUUUGUACCAAAUGGCAGCCUAGACCACUUCAUAUUUGAUUUUGAAAAGCGGAGACUCCUGGAUUGGGAAAAACGAUACAAAAUCAUAAAUGGUGUUGCACGAGGACUUCUUUACCUUCAUGAAGAUUCACGCCUUCGAAUCAUACAUCGUGAUCUCAAAGCUAGCAAUAUUUUGUUGGAUGGAGAAAUGAAUUCAAAGAUUGCAGAUUUUGGUAUGGCAAGAUUGUUCAAAGUAGACGAGACUCAAGGCAAUACAAGUAGAAUUGUAGGAACAUAUGGCUAUAUGGCUCCUGAGUAUAUAAUGCAUGGACAAUUUUCAGUGAAAUCAGACGUUUUUAGUUUUGGUAUACUAGUUCUUGAAAUUGUGUGUGGCCAAAAAAACAAUUCUUUUCACAACGGAGAUCGAAAAACCGAAGAUCUCUCCAGCUUUGCAUGGAAAAAUUGGAAGGCAGGGACAAGUACAAAUGUGAUAGAUUCGACACUUAUUGUUGGUUCAAGGAUUGAAAUGAUAAGAUGCAUUCAUAUUGGACUAUUAUGUGUUCAAGAAAAUGUAGCAAAUCGGCCAACAAUAGCUUCAGUGGUUUUGAUGCUAAGCAGUUCUUCUCUCAGUCUCCCGAUACCCUCUGAGCCUGCAUUCUUCAUGGAUAUUAACACCAAUGAAUCUAACUCAGAUGGACGACAUGCCAGUUAUUCUACAGCAAAAUCUAAUCAAAUUUCUGAGAAUGAAGCCUCAAGUACUGAGCUCUACCCUCGCUAAAUCAUCCUUGACAUAUGCCUGGUACAAUAGUAUAUAUGUAACUUUGAAUGUUUUUUAUGUGUCAUUUUAUUUGUAUGUAUUUAUUGUUAAAUAAAGCAUCAUAAUUCGUCUUUAGUGAGAUAUUGUUAAACACAGUUUAUUAUUCAUUUCUUGAAUUUUAUUAUAUAUAACAAACUCUUUAUGCAACCA